GCGUCUGUGAUUUCCCACCGCCCUGAACGCCCCGCGGGUCCUCUGACGGUAACUAAGGAGACGACGCUGUUUACUCCCUGCUAGCUGCUGCUAGCUGCCGCUAUCCGGACACAAUGACCACAGUCUGAAGAUCACAGCGUGACUCCACACUGGUGACUAAUCUUCUUCUGUACGAGCUUCCUACGGACUUCUUAAGAAAAUGCAGCUGAAGCACCUGAAGACGUUACUGACGCCCCAGGAGGGUGCUGCCAAAGUCACAUGCAUGGCCUGGGCACCCAAUAACGCCAAGUUCGCCGUCUGCACGGUGGACCGGGUGGUGCUGCUGUACGACGAGCAGGGAGAGAGGAGAGACAAGUUCUCCACCAAACCUCAGGACUCCAAGUACGGGAAACAGAGCUACGUCGUCAAUGACAUGGCAUUCUCGCCGGACUCCACCAAAAUCGCCGUGGCCCAGUCGGACAACAUCAUCUUUGUGUACAAGAUCGGAGAGGACUGGGGCGACAAGAAAGCCAUCUGCUACAAAUUUUAUCAGACGAGCGCCGUGACCCGCUUGCUUUGGCCUGCGGAGCACGCAAUCGUUUAUGGAUUAGUGGAUGGAAAGGUCCGCCUCGCCAACACUCAGACCAACAAGUCAUCAUCCAUCUACAACACCGAGUCCUGCGUCGUCUCACUGGCGUCCAAUGUUUCCGGUAAAGGCAUCCUGUCCGGCCACGCAGACGGGACAGUGGUGCGUUACUUCUUUGACGACGAAGGCUCGGGGGAGUCUCAGGGUAAGCUGUUGACUCACCCGUGCCCGCCCUACGCUCUGGCCUGGGGUGCCAACAGCAUCAUGGUGGGCGGCUGCGACAAGAAGGUGGUGGCGUACGGCAGAGAGGGCCACGUCCUGCACACCUUCGACUACAGCCGCGACUCCACGGAGAGGGAGUUCACCGUGGCCGCCACCAGCCCCAGCGGACAGUCUGUUGUGUUUGGCAGUUAUGACCGGUUGCGGGUGUUUAACUGGGCUCCCAGGAGAGGCGUGUGGGACGAAGCCAAGCCCAAAGAGAUCCUCAACCUCUACACCAUCACCAGCCUGGCCUGGAAGAAAGACGGCUCACGCCUCUGUGCUGGAACACUGUGCGGGGGAGUGGAGCUGUUUGAUUGCUGCUUGCGGAGAACCAUCUACAAGAACAAGUUUGAGAUAACCUAUGUCGGCCUGAGCCAGGUGCUCGUGAGGAACCUCUCCUCGGGAACUCGAGUGGUCCUGAAGUCUUAUUACGGAUACGAGAUCGAAGAAGUGAAAAUCAUGGGCAAAGAUCGCUACCUGGUGGCUCACACCUCCGACACUCUUCUGCUGGGAGACCUGCUGACCACUAAACUGAGCGAGGUGCCGUGGCCCGGUUCUGGAGGAAACGAAAAGUUCUUCUUUGAAAAUGAAAGCGUUUGUAUGAUUUUCAACGCCGGGGAGCUGAGCCUGGUGGAGUACAGCAACAAUGAGAUCCUGGGAUCAGUCAGGACAGAAUUUAUGAACCCUCAUCUCAUCAGCGUCCGGCUGAAUGAGAGGAAGCAGAGGGGAGUUGAGGACAACAAGAAGCUCGCGUAUCUGAUUGAUAUAAAGACCAUCGCUGUUGUGGACUUAGCCGGGGGCUACAAUCUGGGAACCAUCAGCCACGACUCCAAGAUUGACUGGCUGGAGCUCAAUGAGACCGGACGCAAACUGCUGUUCAGGGACAAGAAGCUGCGGCUCCAUCUCUACGACAUAGAGACCGGCGUGAAGGCCACGGUGCUGAGCUUCUGCUCGUAUGUCCAGUGGGUGCCGGGCAGCGACGUGGUGGUCGCCCAGAACAGGGGAAACAUCUGCAUCUGGUACAACAUCGACAGCCCAGAGAGCAUCACCAUGUUCCCAAUCAAGGGAGACAUCCUGGAUCUAGAAAGAGCCGACGGGAAGACGGUUGUGAUCGUGACGGAGGGUGUCAACACCGUGACAUAUACGCUAGACGAAGGCCUCAUCGAGUUCGGUACUGCCGUUGACGACGAAGAUUAUGACAGAGCCACAGCGUUCCUCGAGACCCUGGAGAUGUCAGCGGAGACUGAAGCCAUGUGGAAGACGCUCAGCAAGCUGGCUCUGGAGGCUCACCAGCUGCACAUCGCGGAAAGGUGUUUCGCAGCGUUGGGCGACGUCUCCACCUUACGUUUCCUCCACCACACCAACCAGAUCGCCGACAAAGUCUCACAGGACAUGGGAGGAGAUGGGACAGAGUUUUUCCAAGUCCAAGCUCACGUGGCGAUGCUGGAUAAGAACUUCAAACUGGCUGAGAUGCACUACAUGGAGCAGAAUGCCGUCGAUGAAGCUAUAGAGAUGUACCAGGAGCUCCACAUGUGGGACGACUGCAUCGCUGUGGCUGAGGCAAAGGGCCACCCGAAGCUGGAGACCCUGCGUGGGAACUAUUACCAGUGGUUAACAGAGACGGGUCAGGACGAGAAGGCCGGGGAGGUGAAGGAGAACAAGGGAGACUUCCAGGGAGCCAUCAACCUCUACCUGAAGGCCGGACUGCCGGCUAAAGCCGCCCGCCUGGCCCUCAGCCGGCCGGAGAUCACCAGCAACAGCGACACCGUCGGCCGCAUCGCCGCCAGUCUCAUCAAGGGAGAGUUUUACGAGCGGGCUGGAGAUCUGUACGAGCAGAUCAGGAACAACCAGAGAGCUCUGGAGUGUUACUGCAAAGGAGGCGCCUUCAGGAAAGCGGUGGAGCUGGCUCGCCUCGCCUUCCCCACCGAGGUGGUGAAACUGGAGGAGGCCUGGGGAGACUACCUCGUCCAGCAGAAACAGAUGGACGCCGCCAUCAACCACUUCAUUGAAGCCGGCUGCUCGCUUAAGGCCAUCGAGGCGGCCAUCGCGGCUCACCAGUGGAAGAAAGCCGUCCACAUCCUGGAGCUGCAGGAGGAUUCGGCGGCGGAGAAGUACUACGUGAAGAUCGCUCAGUACUACGCCUCCUUACAGGACCACGAGGUAGCUGAGCAGCUGUUUGUGAAAGGCGGUCGUAUCAAAGAUGCUAUCGACAUGUACACGGCAGCAGGACGCUGGGAGGAGGCUCACAAGCUGGCGGUGAAGUGCAUGACAGAGGAGGAAGUUCUGGCUCUGUACAUCAGCCGAGCUCAGGAGCUGGAGAGAGACGGGAAGUUCAAGGAGGCAGAGAGGUUGUUUGCCACGGUGAAGCAGAUCGACCUCGCCAUCACCAUGUACAAGAAGAACCGGAUGUUCAACGACGUCAUUCGCCUGGUGGCCAAACAUCACCCCGACCUGCUGUCAGAGACACACCUGCACCUCGCCAAGGAGUUGGAGGCUGAGUCCAGGUUCUCGGAGGCAGAGUACCACUUCAUGGAGGCUGACGAGUGGAAAUCUGCCGUCCACAUGUACAGAGUCCACGACAUGUGGGAGGAGGCGCACAGGGUGGCUAAGAGCCAUGGAGGUGCCGAUGCUCAGAAGCAGGUGGCCUACGUCUGGGCCAGGAGUCUGGGAGGAGAGGCGGCCGUCAAGCUGCUCAACAAAUUCGGCCUUCUGGAAUACGCCAUCGAGUCGGCGUCGAAUAACUUCUCGUUCGACUUCGCCUUUGACCUGGCUCGUCUCUCGUGCAAAGAAAAGAUCCCUGAGAUUCACCUCAAACACGCCAUUUACCUGGAGGACGAGGGUAAAUUUCCAGAGGCUGAAGUCGAGUUCAUCAAAGCGGGGAAACCCAAAGAGGCCGUGUUCAUGUACGUCCACAACAAGGACUGGGUCAGUGCAGGGCGGGUGGCCGAGGGCCACGACCCGGAGAGCAUGCCCGAGGUUCUGGUCGGCCAGGCCAAGUUCUCCUUCGAGCAGAAAGAGUUCCAGAAGGCCGAAGCGCUGCUGCUCCGAGCCCAGAGACCCGAACUGGCUGUUAAAUAUUACAAGGAUGCAGACAUGUGGAGCGACGCCAUGCGGAUCUGUAAGGAGUAUCUACCCAACAAGCUGUCACUGCUCCAGGAGGAGUACGAGAAGGAGACCUCGAAGAAAGGAGUCAGGGGCGUGGAGGGUCUGCUGGACCAGGCCAGGGAGUGGGAGCAGUCGGGCGAAUACUCCCGAGCCGUGGAGUGUUACCUGAAGGUGAAGGACGGCUCCAACACCACCCUGAUGGAGAAGUGCUGGAUGAAGGCUGUGGAGUUGUCCAUAAAGUUCCUCGGUGGAGAUCGAGCGUUGGAGGUGGUUAAGGUGGUCGGACCGCGACUCACACAGCUGAGGAAGUACAACGCUGCCGCUGAGGUCUACCUGAACGUGGACCUCAUCAAAGAGGCCAUCGACGUCUUCAUCGAGGGCGAGGAGUGGAACAAAGCCAAGAAGGUCGCCAAGGAGCUGGAGCCGAGGUACGAGGAGUACGUGGACCAGAAAUACAAAGAGCACCUGAAGAACCAGGGGAAGGUGGACUCUCUGGUUGGCGUGGACGUCAUCGCAGCUCUGGACAUGUACGCCGAGAGAGGCCAGUGGGAGAAAUGUGUGGAAACGGCGGCUAAGCAGAACUUUAAGAUCCUCCACAAGUACGUCGCUCUGUACGCCACGCACCUCAUCAAGGAGGACAACGCCGUGAAGGCUCUGCAGCUCUACGUGCAGCACGGAGCGCCGCCCAACCCACAGAACUUCAACAUCUACAAGCGUCUCUUCUUGGACCUGAUCAACCUUCCCGACACCGACGGACCAGAAUCUUACCGGAUGUGGGCCGACCUCCGCACCUUCCUGCUGCAGCUGUGUGAGAACUUGUCCAGGUCGGCUGAGGCCAACACUCCGGCUCACGAAGACUUUGAGCAGAUGCUGCUGAUCGUUCAUUACUACGCCACCAGAUCCGCCGCCAGGGGAGUCGAGCAGCUGGUCGGCGUGGCCGCCAAGCUGUCGGUGUCUCUGCUGCGUCACACCGAGCUCGUUCCUGCAGAUAAAGCUUUCUACGAGGCCGGCCUGGCCUGCAGGGCGGUCGGCUGGGAGAACAUGGCCUUCAUCUUCCUCAAUCACUUCCUGGACCUGUGUGAUGCGAUCGACGAGGGGACCCUCGACGCUCUGGACCACUCCGACUUCCUGGACACCGACAUUCCCUUCGAGGUUCCGGUUCCCAACAAACUCUGCGUCAACGACGCCCAGCGGGAGCAGAUCCGUGACUGGGUGCUGAUGGUGUCCAUGGACAACCGGUUGGAGCAAGUCCUGCCGCGCGACGAGAGGAACACGUACGAAGCGUCGCUGGUGGCCGCCAACACCGGCCUUCGGUCUCUGCCGUGCAUCCUCACAGGCUACCCCGUGCUGAGGAACAAGGUCGAGUUCUCGCCCGUCGGGAGAGCGGCCAACAAGGAGGACUGGAACAAGUUCCUCAUGGCCACGAAGACCACUCACAGCCCGGAGUGUCAGGACGUCCUCGAGUUCAUCAGCCAAUGGUGCGGCGGCCUGUCGGCGUCCGGAUUCUCCUUCCGCUGAUGAACACACACACACACACACACACACACACACACACACACACACACACACACAUAGUGUACUGAGCAGUGUGUUGAGUCAAUAGAUUGUGGAAAACAAGUAAACAGAAUAGUGAAUAAUUUCCCCCAGGUCCUAUUAUACUGCGGCAUGGAUAAGACUGACCACUCUGUGUGUGUUUGUGUGUGUCCAGACCUCCCAGUGAUUCGUCCAGCCAGCCCGUACAGAGUGACUCCAUCAUUAGACCUGCAUCACCGCCUGUCUGUCUAACUUAGUUUAACUCCUGUGAAAACACGUGAACGACCGUCAAAGCGUCUGAGAGUCCAUUAAUCGAUAUUUUCUGUCCUCGCUGGGCUCGUGGGCGAGAUAACACGCCUCCCGUGGAGGUCGAUGAGUUGGACGUUGUAGUUUUUUAUCGGCAGAAACUGUGAAAAUGUUGGAUGAAACAAAUUUAAUGACGGUGAUUGUAACGAGAGAAGCCACAGCCAUGGACUCAGGCGAAUGGUAGACGCUCCACGGUAAUGGUGGAUGGUGAUGUGUUGGUUAUUUAAAUGGCACCAAAUCAUAACAGAGCACUGUACUCUUUAUAAUAUUAGUUACAGAGACUCAGCAGUUCCCACCACGAGCAAACACUUGGUGACAGUGGCGAGCAGUCGGACGAACGUCGCACGAUAUAACGUCUGUUUGUGUUCGAGCGUCUGCGUCGCCUUUAGGAUCCAUCGUUAGGCGCAGAGAUCGAAUAAAUCUGAGCAGUGUUUAUAAACUCAGGUAUGGACUAAAUCAUUAACUGAUAAGUUGACAAAUAUUUUAGAGAUUGAUCACACUUUCCAACCGUCUAAUUUUCCUUCAUCUUUAAUCGUAAUAAGACAGUUUUCCAUCAUAUUUCUUCCCUCUCUUUAUUUAUAUAUAUAUACCCGUUAGACUUUAUCCGAGCCUGCUGAUGAAGAGAAGCUCCCUUUAAACUCUCUGAAACAAAAAUACUUCAGCAUCUCGAUGUGAACCUGGUUUGAACUUUUGUUUUUUGUUUUUUAAAUUAGUGCAUUAUUUCUGCAGAGCGCUGAGAGAUGAAUGAAGAGCUGCUCACACCUUUCCAUCUUCACUGUUGUUGGUUAAAUAUUUACAGUCAGAUCGACGUAGGCUCAGACUGUGCUGAUUAAAUUUGCAUGUUUGUUCUUUGGGUAA